GACACAGAGUUUUCAAGCGCGAGUUUAACGCAGGUGAUGAUGAAAUAAGUAGUGUACAAACCGAAAAUGAUUGCUCAACAAAUACGUAACUUGCAUAACUCCACGCAUACAUAUUGAUAAAGAAUAAUUUAAGAUAGGAAUCAUUGCCAUUUGGUGCACAAAGCUACAGAGAUGUCGUUCUAUUACUCCAAUACUCCUGACAACCAGCAAAGCUAUGCAGAAUUUGACCCUCAGAAUAUACCGUACCCACCACCAGUAAAUUAUCCUCCUCCUGUCUUUAACUCUGCGCUGUUCCAAAAUCCUCCACCUGGACAUUUCUAUGUUCCAAACUUAGGUGCUAGCAACUUUCCAGCACAACCAUCUGAGGCUCAAGGUGUACAGGGCAUCCAUUUUGUUAGCCCCGAAACAGAAAUUGAUAUGAAUUAUUAUAAUAACCAGAUGACGCAUGGCAGAAAACAACAACGUCCACAGUCUGGUAGGGGUCAAGGUUAUAGAAGAGGUAGUGCUCAAGGUCAAAGGGGUGGUCAUAAUUAUAUAUAUGAAAGAGGUCAUGAUCAGGGAUAUGAGAGAUAUCAAGGUCAAAGAUACGGAAGAGGUCAAGGUUAUAGCAGAAAUCAGAAAGGAGAAGUACACGGAUCAGGCCAAGAAGUAGGUCAAUCUCACAAGAAGAAUGAAAGUGGGAGACGGAAGGGGAUUGAUAACAGAGAAAGAGAAGCAAAUACAGCACCAAGAAAAACUCCAGAAGGAAGAGGUAAAUAUCAGAGUGCUGAAGUGAACAGGAGCAGCUACCAAGGGGAAACUGAUAAAGAAAAUGAAGAAACGGAAAGAUCUAAUAAUAAUGAGGAGUCACCAGCAGAUAUAAGUGUUCAGGAAAAGAGGAGUAAAACCUACACUUCUGAUCAAGAUUUUUUUGAAAAAAAUUUUGCGUCAUUUAGUAGUAAAUCAGCUAAAAGUUCAAAGACUAUAGAGUGUGAAAGAAAAGGACAAGAAGGAAGCAGAGUGUAUUCAGCGAAACCCGUAAACCAAAAGUCCGCGCAGUAUCAAAGCCAGCCUGGAGAAUUUAGAAAGAGUCAAAGGGGAAAUAGAAACAGUUCUGACCCAAGGAGAGGUAGAUAUAACAGUGACACGAAGGAAAAUUGGCAAGGUGAAGACAGCAGGGAAGGUAGGCAGUACCAGAAUAAGAAGGAUAAUCGCCAAAAGUACAGUCCAAGAGAUUAUGCUGGUCCUUCUGAAAGUGGUGCUAAAACGUACAAUCAUUAUCGUGAUUAUGGCAGUGAGAAAUCAAGGUCAUCUCCCAAGACGAGACGAGAAUAUACAAAUACAGAAAAGGAUCGUAAGAAUAUUGAUAAAGAGAAUGCAGUGACUGUUAAAGGUAAUGAAAAGUCUAGUAUGACAGGGAGCUCCAAUAAAAUGCCUGUAUCUGAUUUUAUGUUUGAAAUUGUCGAAGAGUCUAGUAGACACAAAGGUUCUGAAGUAAUGGGUGAGCAAAGCGGUCAUGACACUAUGAGAAACAGGUACCAGGAUGAUAGGGAGGGAAAACGUCGGGAGAAAGACAUGCACAAACAGGCAAGGAAACAGGAUCAUCAGUAUCACAGAGGACAGAGAAGACCAGCGGUCGUCAGAACAGCCUCAGGAAAAGUGGACGAAAGUCAACGAGCCCUCCUAAUUGAGCAGUUAACAAUGGGAACAUAUGAGUGCAUGGUGUGCUGUGAGACAGUUCGAGGACAGAAUGCUGUGUGGAGCUGCAAUGGAUGCUAUCAUGUAUUCCAUCUCCGCUGCAUCAAGACCUGGGCAAGGUCGCCCACUGCGAGAGUGGAAGCUUCUGAGUACGGCUGGAGGUGUCCUGCUUGUCAAAAUACGGCUGACAAAGUGCCCAAUCAGUACAGGUGUUUCUGCGGAAAAGUACGAGACCCAGAGUGGAACAGAAUGGAAACUCCACAUAGCUGUGGUGAAGUAUGCAAAAAAAUCCGCUCAGCAAACUGUAAACACCACUGUAACAUAUUGUGUCACCCUGGGCCUUGCCCUCCUUGUACUGCCGUUGUCUCUCGCUCCUGUCUAUGUGGAAAAACAAGUCAGUCCGUGAAGUGCAGCAGUGUGGAGAUCCUUAAAUGUGCCGAUGUCUGUGAAAGACAGCGGAACUGUGGGAAACAUUUCUGUAAGGCUGUCUGUCAUGAUGGUCCCUGUGACCCCUGUCAGGAGGUCAUUAAACAAGAAUGCUAUGGUAACCAUGAAACAAGGGAAGUAACUUGUGGUAGCAGCGAGUCGUUCACAGAGUCCUUUGGUUGUGGCCAUACCUGUGCCAGGGAACUGAACUGUGGUAAUCACAUGUGUACAGAGGUUUGUCACGAGGGGCCCUGUCAGCCAUGUCACCUCCUCCCCGAAGCCGUAACGACCUGUCCCUGUGGUGCCAGGGAGUUGAGUGAGCUGAGCCCCACCCCCAGGCAGUCCUGUCUGGACCCCAUACCUAACUGCGGGGGCAGGUGUAGAAAACCUCUGAAAUGCGGGCCGCCAAAAAAGCCCCAUCUGUGUGAGCAGAAAUGUCACGAGGGGGAGUGUGGAUCAUGUGACCUGACCACGGAGCUGACCUGUCGAUGUACCAAGUUCAAGAAAGAGUUCCCAUGUACUGAAGUCAUGAAGCUACAAGAUCGUGUAUUUCUGUGUGAGAGGAAGUGCAACAAGCUGAGAUCUUGUCAAAGACACAAGUGUGGUCAGCACUGCUGUGUGUUGGAGGAACACACCUGCUCACAGAUCUGUGGAAAGAAGCUUCCAUGCGGUUUACACAGAUGUGACGAGCCAUGUCACCGUGGCAACUGUCCUCCAUGUCUGAUGGCCAGUUUUGAUGAGUUGCCGUGCCACUGUGGAAUAGAAAUCAUGUAUCCACCUAUUCCUUGUGGGGCCAAACCACCGGAAUGCAUGCAGCUGUGCACUCGUAUGCAUGCUUGUGAUCAUCAAGUUCAACACCGCUGCCACAGUGAUGAGAAUUGUCCCCCUUGUACAGCCCUGACUGAGAAAUGGUGCAUGGGAAAGCAUGAGAUGAGAAAGAAUAUUGCCUGCCAUCGUGACAAUAUUUCCUGUGGGUUGCCAUGUAAUAAAGUGUUGCCAUGCCAACAGCACAAAUGUACCAAAGUCUGUCACAGUGGCCCAUGUAAGACAGAGAAGGAAUAUUGUAAACAGCCCUGUCAAAUGAAGAGAGCUACCUGUGAUCAUAUAUGUGCAAAUCCUUGUCACCAUGGCAACCCUUGUCCAGCCAAUCCAUGCAAAGCAGAGGUGAAGAUCCAGUGUAGCUGUGGAAACAGAGAGGCUAAAGUCAGCUGUCAAUCACUGGACAACAAAGACUUCAAAAGUUCACCUAUGCAGUCACUGGCUACUUCACUAGGGGCAGGGCAGAGUGUAGAUAUCUCUCAUCUAACCUCGCAGAAAAAAGUCAGAAAACAACCCGUCCUGGAGUGUGAUGCCGACUGUGCACUGAUUGAAAGAAAUCGUCGACUCGCCCUGGCCCUAGAGAUAAAAAAUCCGGACCUUCAGGCCAAGCUUGGCAGUCCUUCUUACUCGGAUUUCCUAAAAGAUUUUGCCAAAAAGAACCUUCAUUUUGUGGCAGGUGUGGAGAAAAAUUUCAAUGAUUUGGUGCAAAAUGCUAAAAAGGCUAAACAGGCAUAUCGGUCCCAUUCUUUUCCUUCAAUGAACCGUGACCAGAGACGGCUGAUCCACGAACUAUCCGAGUGUUACGGAUGUGAGACACAGAGUUACGACUACGAACCUAAUAAAAAUGUGGUUGCAACUGCUUACAAAGACAAGUGUUGGCUUCCAAAUGUAACCUUGACCUCAUCUGUACAGAGAGAAAUGCACCCCAAAGCCCCACCUCCAAUACCUCACAGACACAGUGAAACAGAAAUCAGGGAAACUGCGCAGGCUGCCAAACAUAGCUUUGAGGUGCUGAAGGAUAAACCCAUUGAAAGGUUCCAAAGGUCAUCCAACACCAAGGACACUGAAAAGACCACGAAAGUGAUCGAUUACUUUGACUUUUCCACAAAGUGAUCAGUGGUCUGUGAAUUCUAUGCAUGUUUUCAUUUGAGAUGUUUUACAUCAUUUACCCCCCCCCCCAAAUGUUGGCAUUUCAAUUCUGUUAUGAAUACAUUUUUCUUCUGUUUCCUUAGAUAUGCAGAUAUGUUAUACAAAGUGAAUUAUAGAUUAUGAACAGACUUUUGUGUUACUAUCGUUCCAAUGACACGGUGUCACUUCGCUUGAUCGAGUGUGCAAAUUUUCUUGAUAGAUUUCAAUGAAACAGGGUUUACUUUUAUUCUCGGUAACCAAUCACAUUGAUAGAAUGGCGAAGCAUGUCAUUGAAACCCAUUUUUAUUGAAGCUAAACAGCCAAUCAGUGUGUGCUGUGUCAAUUUACAAGAGUGGUAUCUUUACACAGUUUUCCAUGCAAAAGGACACACUGUUUCUGGAGUGAUAAUACAUGAUGAAAUUUUGAGUUUGUUUAGAGGGCACAAUUAUAUAGUCUUAGAGGAAAAUAUUUGAAACAAUUAUUUGUUACGAAUGGAUUCCAUUUUUAAAGAAUUGUUACAGAGUAAUUCCACAUAUCAAAUGAUAUUUUUUUAUACAAAUAAAAAUUGAGAGUUUAGACUAGGCCUUUUAUUUUCUUCUAGAGAAAUUGGAAAGCGAAGUUUCUGUUUAUUAGAAAUCUUUAUGAACAUUGUUUGCCAAUUUAGAAUCAAAAAUGCAUUUAGCUUUUUUUAUGAAUAAAAAAAAAGUUGUCAUUGUACAUUUUAGAAAUCUUGGUGUUCUUACCCCUGCGUAUGGCUUCCUUGACUAUGACAAGUAUGUUGACAAUUACAAUUUUGGAAGCCAGAAUAUGAAGUAUAUCCUGCGUAAAAAAAAAAAAAAAAUUCAUAAUAGAUCUAUAUUUCUCUAACAAAAAACUGUCAAUUUCAAUCAAUCAAAUAUCGUGUUCAUGCCACUUUAAGGAGACCAUUGAGGUGACAUUGAAUAUGCAGACAUACAUUUUGUACUGUUACUUAAAAUCUCAGUUACAAGAUUUAGCAUUUUGACAACACAGGCAUUCAUGUAGAUGUAUCUAAAUCAAGAAGAAAAAAGCCUUGAUGACCCAUGGGUUCUUUUUAUUACGUUUGUACAUGUAUAUAUUUCAGUCUUUAACCUAAUGUAACUCUUCAAAAUAUUAUCUAAAAUUCUCAAAACAGCUACUCAUUUAAUACAUGUAUAUUAAAUUAAUUCACAUUACAAAAUUAAUGUAGGUUAACUCAGAUAACUAGCUCCACAUUUAAGCUGGGUUAAUUUUACCCACAUUAGAAGCUGGUUUAGUUAACCCCCUUCGGGCUUGAAGUGGGUCAACUUUUAAAACCAGAAUUAACUUCAAUUAAGUGCAGUUUGAUGAUAAAUGAGCUCAUUGGAGCCUUUUAUUAGAAUGCAUAUUAAAAUUCAAUGUUUGUAGCAGUUUAUUUUGCUAAUUGUUCAAAGUACCCCAUUUAGAGCUUAAAAAUUGCAAUGUGAAUGUGAACCACAUUAAUCCGGGAUAAGUUAAUUACAUUAGAUUAUCCAGAUUACAUUAAUCCAGUGUAUACCGGCCCAAAAAGUCGGUAUAAAAAGCACUUUGACUCAUGUGAUAUUUUGUGAUUUUUCUGGUGCAAUGUAUUCGUGGUAGUUUGUGCACAUGUAAUUUUGUUUUGAACAUGAUUACACAACAUCUCUGGAUGUGUAUUAUUAGUUACCUUGAUACAUACAUGUAGCUUUCAAUUUAUGUUUGUUUGGGGGUUUUUUGUUAUUUUUUUUUUUAAGUUUUGGUGGUAUUUUUAGCUCACCUGAUCCGAAGGCUCAAGUUAGCUUUUCUGAUCAAAAUUUGUCUCUCGUUGACGUCGUUGUAAACUUUUCACAUUUUCAUCUUCUUCUCAAGAACCACUGGGCCAAUUAUAAACAAACUUAGUCAAAAGCAUCCUUGGGUAAAGGGCUUUCAAGUUUGUUCAAAUGAAGGGCCAUGCCCCCUUCAAAGGGGAGAUAAUCACAAAAAUAGGGUGGGGUCAUUUAAAAAUCUUCUCAAGAACCAAUGAGUCAGAAGACCUGAGAUUUACAUGAAAGCUUCCUGACAUAGUGCAGAUUCAAGUUUGUUCAAAUCAUGGCCCCCAGGGUAAGUUGGGGCCACAAUAGGGGAUCAAAGUUUUACAAAGAAAUGUAUAGGGAAAUCUUUAAAAACCAUCUCAAGAUCCAAUGAGUCAGAAGAGCUGAGAUUUACAUGAAAGCUUCCUGAUAUAGUGCAGAUUCAAGUUUGUACAAAUCAAGGCCCCUGGGGUAGGUUGGGGCCACAAUACGGACUAAGGUUUUACAUGCAAAUAUAUAUGGAAAGUCUUCAGAUAUGGGCCAAAGUAACUCAGGUGAGCGAUGUGGCCCUUGGGCCUCUUGUUUCAAAUAUUUGAUGUUCCAGCAUAACGUUUUAUACCUAAGUAAUAUGAUGAACUUUGUCAUGUGUUCAUUUUUGUGAAUAGAUGGUAAUGUUACACUGUACUGCAGUAACACCUGCACAGUACUGAAUUAUAUGUACCCAAUACUGCUGACAGAACUACCGAACCCUGUCACACUUCAGCACUGAACAUAUCCAAGACAAAACUGUUGUUGAGAGUAUUAAACAGCACCAUUGUAUAUAUACAAUAUGGUGAAUAAAAAUUCUGUUUAUUUAG